UCUCUUAUUCUACCAAGGAAGUACUUUUAUACGUUUUAUUACGCAGCGUAAUGAAAUCAUCAGUGUGAAUGGAAAAUUUGUGUCUGUGACCUUAUAAACAAUAUUUGCAAAAACAGAAUUUAUUUUAAUAAUUAAAAUACAUUUUUUAACAAUUUCCGUGUUUGUACGAUACAGACAAAAUACUAUAUUUGGGCUCGUCAUGGAGAAACAUUUAAUCUAAUAUGGAGGAAUAUAAAUUUCUUUUUAAAAUCGUCUUGGUUGGAAAUGCGGGCGUUGGAAAAACAUGCCUAGUAAGACGUUUUACGCAAGGUCUUUUCCCCCCUGGUCAAGGUGCUACUAUUGGAGUCGAUUUUAUGAUUAAGACUGUUGAAGUCGAAGGCGAUAAAAUAAAGCUACAAAUUUGGGAUACGGCUGGACAAGAACGAUUUCGUUCAAUUACACAAAGCUACUACAGAUCUGCCCACGCUUUGAUUUUAGUAUACGACAUUAGUUGCCAGCCAACAUUUGAUUGUCUUCCGGAUUGGCUACGUGAAAUUCAUGAAUAUGCUAAUACAAAAGUCUUGAAAAUUUUAGUGGGCAACAAAACGGAUAGAGACGACAGAGAAAUACCUACACAAAUAGGCGAAGAGUUUGCCAAACAGCAUGAUAUGUAUUUUUUAGAAACAUCAGCCAAGGAGGCAGAGAACGUAGAAAGACUAUUUUACGAAAUUGCAGCAGAGCUGAUCGAUCAAGCCCGUAGUAAAGACAAUUCUUCAUCAAUGAAUAAAAAUCUGAGCGAUUCCGUUGGUCUAUCCCCGCAAGGUUCUAAACCUCCUCAAGUCAGCUGCUGUAGCGGCCUUUCCAACCAAUCUUCUAGCCAGACCGGCAACACUUAAGCGCCUAUUUGAAUUGAAUAGUAAAUGUAGUAGUUUAUUUUAUCACAAUUAAGGUAAUAGGAAUGACCGUUACUGACUAUAUGAUAUUGAAUUUUAGAAAUAUAAAAUUAAAAACAUGUCAUAUAGGUAUGUGAUGAAAACAGAUUCGACAGAUAUUAAUGGUCGUUGAUGAUAAACAUACACUUGUUGGGCAGAAUGCUCUUAUACAAUCAUAUUUUCGAAAAAUUUUCAAAUUUCAAUAAAAGAAUUUGUAAAAAUGAUAUAAAACGAUUUUUGACAAAACUUGUCGAAUGGUUUCCAUCAAAUACCUGAUAAUCGUCUUUCAUAUAUCACUACAACUUAAAAGUUUUUUAUAUGUAGGUACGAUCUCAAACUAUGCAUAUAUUUUUCUUAAAUAAAAACAUGCACAAUAUUUGUUAUGAAGAUAAAAGUGUAUUUAAAGGUUGCAAAAUUUAUUAUUAAAUAUUUUACAUUGUAUUAGGUUGUUAAAAUGGGUAUGCCUACUGUUUUCGUAUGUGCAAUAUUAGUAAUGUUGGGUAUCGUUAAUAUACAUAUUUAUGGAACUUGUAUAAGGCAAAUGCUAAUUGUAACAUAACAAUUAUAAUAUUUAAUAAUGAAUUUACAAAUGGAAUUUUUAAGAUUAUAGUUUAGUUGAAUCAUUACAAAGGCAUGCAUUUAAGCCAGCACUGCUCAAAACCCUGUGCUACCAUAUGAGUCCAAAAAAGAGAUUAAGAGAAAACAAAAACCUAUUUUUCUUUAUGUCCAUCCGUUCAUUGCAAUUGUUAUAAAAACUUGGAUGUUGUCCAAAAUAAUAAAGCGAAUUAUUACAAUACAUGAUAAAUCAUGUUUUAAUACUGGUUUUUUGAAUGAUUUAAAAAUUAAGAGAAAUUGGACUGGUGAGCGAGGUCUGAUUUUUGAGCAGCUGGCUUAACCCCAUUAAAAACGUUAUGUAAUAUAAUCAUAGAACUUAUUUCAAAAUCUUACUUUAAUAAAUUAAUAAAUAAUAUCAUAAUAAGUUUAAGUCUAGCCUUGCGCGAUGAAUUCGCAAGAUUUAUUGUUUUUCAUUUGUUAUUGCUACCUAUAACACAUUUUACCUGAGGUAUGAAUAAGAUUUUUUAUUUUUAAAUGCU